AUGGAUCGAAUUUCUGCAGUGAGUCUGUUUGCUCUGCUUUUCACAGCAAUUCUGGUCUCAGUCCGACCAGUGAAACAUUUGCCAGACAAGAGUCGAUACGACGUUCCUGAAGACGUCACGAAUCCUGUACCCGUAUUUGCAAAUAAGGUUUACUCCGAUGACGAUCCACGUGUUGCAAUCCCAUACUUUGAGCUGCCAUUCUGCCCUCCAGGAAAUCCAGUAAAGAAUAGGAAGAAAUCCUUGGAAGAAAUUGUGGAGGGUGACUGCUUCACCAAUACUCUAUAUGAGCUGAAUUUUAAAGUUGAUAAGAAUGAAGAAACUCUUUGUGAGAAGAACUUGACAAAACAUGAAGUUGCAAAGUUUAGGUAUGCUAUUAAAAACAAGUUCAGGUAUCACAUGUACUAUAACGGCAUCAAGUUGUACGCUCGUGUAGGCCAUCUUGUAGAAGGCACCAGCACCUUCGAGCCAAAAUAUUGGUAUUAUCUUUUCAAACACAUCACCUUCAAUGUCUAUUACAUUGGAAACAAAAUUCAGAAAAUACACAUUGAGAAUCCCUUCCAUUCAUCCACUGGUCUACCUGAAGAUAUUGAUGGCAAGAAUGUCAAGUUCACUUAUUCUGUAUUCUGGAAGAACCAAGAAGUUGAUUCAGUCGAUGUUUUCUUAUAUACGUGCCUCAAUUUCCUUCAAGAGCUGCAUGAAAAACUGCGUUUCAUAAAUUCAACCGCUAUCUUAUUUGCUGGUUCAUUCCUUACCUUCUCGCUUGGAUUAUACCUCAGGGAUUAUAUCAACCGAGAUAUAAGAGAAGCCAGAAGGCAUAUAGGUACGCGGCAGAUCCAUGGUGAAGCAUGCAGGUGUCCUCCAUACCCCUCUUUACUUGGUGCUAUCCUGGGCAUUGGCACUCAGCAAUUCAUUCUAUGUUGCACCCUAUUCGUACUGGUAUAUAGAGGGGAUCUAUUUUUAUGCAAUCAGAAUGCUUUGAUUGCUUCUGUUCUUGCGAUAUAUUGGUUCACAUCUGCAAUUUCUGGGUACAUUGCAACUUCAUUUCACAGUCGAUAUACUGCAGCUGGAUGGAAACAAUAUGUUUUCCAGACUGGGACCCUGUUACUUGUGCCAGCCUUCCUAACAUUUCUUAUAUUGAAUAUACUAGAACAAGAAAAGGAUGGGAUCUCUGAUCUCCUUCGAUCUUACACCACAUUGUGGAUGCUUUUCUUAUGGGGACUAGGCACAUUCACAUUUUUAAGUGUGGGCGGCAUGGUGGGACAUGCUCUUAGAGCUAAAGCUCAACCACUUUGUGCUACCAGCAGAAUCCCAAGGGCGGUUCCUCAACUAUCUUGGUUCACAGAGACACCUGCUCAGGUGUUUUUUGGGGGGCUUUUACCUUUCAUUACAAUCUUCUCGCAAAUGGACUACAUAUAUGCAAGCCUGUGGAACCAAAAAGUCUGUGGCGCAUUCAGCACUCUGCUUACGAACUUCAUUGUGAUCGGUAUAACAACUAUUAUUGUGGCUAUGAGUUUUACAUACAGUCAACUCUGCCUGCAAGAUCAACAAUGGCCAUGGAGAUCUGUGUUUCGGGGUGGAUCAACUGCCAUCUUCAUGUUUGCUUACGGCAUCUACUUCCAUGUCAGAGCAGAUCAGUUUAGACCCAUGAAGCUGCUCCACUUUCUGGGCUAUAAUGCUUGCAUAUUCUAUGCUUUCUUCCUGGUACUUGGAACUAUUAGCUUUCAUGCUUCUCAAUAUGUUUUUCGCCGCAUGUACCGAGGAGUCCUCAGGGACGAGUGA